AAUGCAACAGACCCGUCUACUCCCUACCGGGAAUGCGAAGUAGAAGAAGCGAUAGCGCUACUUGCUAAUGUUGCUAGUUAACGCGGAAGCAGCCUAUCGUGAGAAGUGGUAGUAUCAAAUAUACAAAAGAAGGCGCCCUUUUUGGAUUGAAAGAUUUCAGGCUUGGAUCCGAGGUCCUGUGCCAAUUAUUUGAACCCGUCAUUUACUACUGUCGUGGCUCCAUCCCUGCCUCACUCUUUUAUUUUUUGUACAAAUUAAGGAAUUGGAGGCGGAUGAACAAAGUUUUCGAUUGGGACUAGGAUUAGGAUAAGGACCCCUUCCACAAAUAUUUGUGAAAGCAAGAAGUGAUCUUAAAGUCUGCAGGUGCUCCCAUUCUGUGUCAGCAGUGGCACUCACUCAACGACCAUGUCAGACGGCCGGAUCUAUGUGGGGAAUCUUCCCAUGGAUGUCCAGGAGAGAGACAUUGAGGAUCUCUUCUACAAAUAUGGAAAAAUCCGUGAUAUUGAAUUGAAGAACAAUAGAGGCACUAUCCCCUUUGCCUUCAUCCGAUUUGAGGAUCCACGGGAUGCAGAUGAUGCUGUCUAUGGAAGGAAUGGAUAUGGAUAUGGAGACUGCAAGCUGCGCGUAGAGUAUCCUCGAUCCACUGGUUCUAAAUUUGGUGCUAUGGGAGGUGGUGGUGGUGGUGGUGGUGGAGGGGGACCUAGAGGAAGGUUUGGACCCCCAACACGAAGAUCUGAUUUCCGGGUCAUAGUGACUGGGUUACCACCAACUGGGAGCUGGCAGGAUCUGAAGGACCACAUGCGCGAGGCGGGAGACGUUUGUUUUGCAGACGUGCAGCGUGAUGGCGAGGGCGUUGUUGAAUUUCUCCGCAGGGAGGACAUGGAGUAUGCAUUGCGCAGACUGGAUCGGACUGAGUUCCGUUCACAUCAGGGUGAGACCUCUUACAUCCGCGUCUUUGAGGAGAGGGGCACUCCCAACUGGGGUCGGUCGCGUUCUCGCUCCAGAUCCAGAGGUCGCUAUUCGCCUCCCUACCAUAACAGAGGUUCUCCCCCUCCACGCUACCAGUCACCUCCACGCCAUGCUAUGUCGCGUCAUAGUCCACCCCCGAGGAGGCACCCUCCACCACACCAUAGCCCACCGCCGCGUCAUUACCGGUAGAAAGGCCCGUCAUUUACAGAGAAAUUGAGGAAAAGUUUUGUACCGUAAUUCUAGUUUUUAUUUCAUUUUUUUUAACCCAGGCCUCCUCAUAGGAUACAUCAUCAUUAUUUCUUGCUAAACUAUACAUUCCAUGGUCAGGAUUGCUCAAAUACACCCUGCUUCUCCCCCACUGCCUUAAAGAUUUUUCUUCUUUUCGUUAAACAUCCAUGUGUGUUAUCUGAAAGUGGAAUUGUUUCAUUAGCAAAGUAAAACUAUUUGAUCUCCUUAUAACAUAUUGGAGGUUUCUUUUAUAAAGAAAUAAUGGGUUGUGAUGUCAAACCAUGGCAGGAACCAGUACACAUUCAUGUUAUGUCAUAUAAUCCAAAACAAAUUACACAAUUCUGCAGCUGUCAGACUUAAAGGUCAUACCACUGCUUAAAUUCUCGCCUAAAUCUUACCAUUUGUUUAUCAUAAAUCUGUAGGUUUGUUGUGUGUGAAAUUUUUGCCAAUUUAAGAACCUGUGAAGCUCACCAGUACCCUCCUUCUCCCCCUCCUCGAUUCAAAAACGUGAAAUUCAUGAGCCUUUUAGAGUAGUGACACAUGUUGACUGCAAGCCUCCUCUGUGACAUGCAACUAUAUAUAUAUAAGCUUUAUUCAGUUUUGGACAGAACAUCAGCAUCUAUACCACACUUCACCAAACAUUACCACAUUGAACAAAUACAGUUGUAACAGCUUAGUCCCUUGUCAGUCAUAUGGAAAUGAUAGAUUUUGUCUAGUUCUUGUCGAAGAUAUUGCCUUUUAUUUUUAGUUGGCUUGUCUAUUGAGUUAAGUAUUUUGGACAAUCUCAAACCAUUGUUCUUUCCCUAGAGGCUCAGCUUUACACCAGUUUCUCGUAGUUUUUUUUUUUUUUUUUUUUGCUGGCUUUAAGCAGGAUUUUUACCACAUACAGGUUUCAGGCUCCUCAAAGUUCGUUAGGUACAUCACAGCACAGUUGUCUGGAAUAACAUAUCUCAUUGAAGUUCAAGAGAACAUGUGUGUGGUUGCCCUCCAGGUUGCCACAGAGCCUCCAACAUUGCUGGGUCUUUAGCUGUCUGCUUUUGAUCCGAGAUGCCCAGAUGAUUUAAUGUGUGAACCUGUGACCGAGGUGGCCUGUUGGAGAACUAUUCAUUUGUAUGCAUCUUUAAUGUUGUUUUUUUUGUUUUGUUUUUUUCUUUACCAAUAAAAUGCAAACUUUUACUGUGACGGUUUCA